GUUUUGGUUCAAUUCUGAAGACCAGUCACACCCUGACGCUCCAGCCAGAGUGGAACUAAAGCAGUACUUGUACAGGAAGCACCCUCUGCUGGUCAUAGAAAAGGUCAUCCACUGUCAACUAUGUCACAGUAUGACCAGCUGGAUGACAAAGACUCUGUGGACAUUCAUGACAACCCUCCUGCUCCAGACAAUGUGGUGAAGGAGGAGAACAACACGGUCUACUUUGUCUACGAUGAAGAGAUAGAAGUGGAAGAGAAAGAGGAGCCCCCUCCCCCAGAGCCGGUCAAGCCCAUCAAUGAUAAACCACACAAAUUUAAGGACCACUACUGCAAGAAGCCCAAAUUCUGUGAUGUGUGUGCACGCAUGAUCGUUCUCAAUAAUAAAUUUGCACUGAGGUGUAAAAACUGCAAGACCAGUAUUCAUCAUCAGUGUCAGAGCUACGUUGAGUUCCAGCGGUGCUUUGGAAAAAUUCCUCCAGGCUUUAGACGGGCAUACAGCUCUCCUCUCUACAGCAGUCAGCAGAAUGCCACUGUUAAAGAGCUGCUUCCCUUCUCCCAGUCUAACCGCACUGACCCGGUGUUUGAGACGCUCCGUAUUGGGGUCAUCAUGGCCAACAAGGAGAGAAAGAAAGGAUCAGAGGAUAAGAAACAUAUGAUGAUGAUGGAAGAAGAGGAAUCACAGCCUAAAGCUGAGGAAGGAACAGGAGAGGAAGCGAACAAAGAGACAGAAAAGAAAGGAGAUAAAGCAGCAUCCGAAGACAAGAUGAAGAGGCCUCAGCCAGGUAAACUGGGGGUCUUCUCUCAGUCACACUACUACCUGGCCCUGUACCGUUUUAAAGCAAUCGAAAAAGAUGACCUGGACCUGCAUCCAGGGGAUCGAAUUACAGUGAUAGAUGAUUCCAAUGAGGAGUGGUGGAGAGGUAAGAUUGGUGAGAGAUCGGGCUUCUUGCCAGCAAACUACAUCAUCCGCGUCCGCUCGGGGGAGAGAGUGUACAAGGUAACACGCUCCUUUGUGGGGAACCGUGAGAUGGGCCAAAUCACGCUGAAGAAAGACCAGAUUGUGGUGAAGAAAGGAGAUGAGGUAAAUGGCUAUCUGAAGGUCAGCACUGGACGCAAGCUUGGCUUUUUCCCUGCAGAUAUCCUCCAGGAGAUCUGAGGGCAAGGGUGUGUGUGAACAUUUGUAUUCAUGUGUAAAAUGAGUCAAAUCUGUUUCUUUUCUGUCUUCACUAAAUCACUCUACUCUAUACUACAUUUGCUUAGAAAGGGUUUAAAUGCAACAAAGGGCUAAUAAACUUUUCGUUAUUUCAUCAUUGGCUGUGAAUUUGUCUCAGUAUGUGCAAAUGUGCUAGUAGAGGCUAAAAAUAUAAAUGAAAAUGUAGACUUACUUUGCUCUGCUUUGAGCUUUAGCUCAGAUAUAGCCACUUUUCUCGCAUCUCUGGCAGGAAACUUUUCCGUAAAAGGAAUAGUUUCUUGUAAAAUGUCUCUCAGCAUUCGACUUUUUGUGAGGCUGAAGCCGC